UAUCUCUCCCACUGGCAGAUCAUAUAUCUCAAGAUAACGCAAAGUGGGUGCAGCAAUAAUGGCAACUUUUGUUCAUCAUUCAAAUUUCUCAAUUUUGCAUUUGUUGAUCUUAGUUUUUUCAAUUUUUAGCUCCAGGUUGCAUGCAAGUAAACCUUAUUUGACAUUGGAUUACUAUGCGUCUACAUGCCCAAAUGUGUUCGAGAUUGUCUGGAAAGAAAUGGAAUGUGCUGUUCUUUCUGAUCCACGGAACGCUGCCCUCAUACUUCGAUUGCAUUUCCAUGACUGCUUUGUACAGGGAUGCGACGGGUCAGUUUUGCUAGACGAUACAAUCGACUUGAAAGGGGAGAAAACAGCUCCUGCGAACAUAAACAGCCUAAAAGGUUUCAAACUGGUUGAUAGGAUCAAGAACAUGCUUGAAUCUGAAUGCCCAGGAAUUGUGUCGUGUGCAGAUAUUCUUACCAUUGCAGCAAGAGACGCUGUCAUCCUGGUUGGUGGACCAUAUUGGGAUGUUCCAGUGGGAAGAAAGGAUUCGAAGACAGCAAAUUAUGAGCUCGUGAGCUCAAAUUUGCCUACAGCGGACGAGGAUCUUCUCUCUAUCAUCUCAAAGUUUCUUUAUCAAGGCCUUACAGUCACAGACAUGGUGGCUCUUGCAGGAGCUCACACUAUUGGAAUGGCACGGUGUGAGAAUUUCAGAGGCAGAAUCUACGGGGACUUUGAAUUAACUUCAGAGAAAACUCCAUUAUCAGAAACUUAUCUAAGUAACUUGAAAUCAACAUGCCCUGCCGUUGGCUCAGACAAUAAUAUAUCAGCAAUGGAUUAUGUUACUCCAAAUCAUUUUGACAAUUCAUUUUACCAAAUACUUCUCAGAGGAGAGGGGCUUCUCAACUCAGACCAGGAAAUGUACUCGAGCGUAUUUGGAAUCCAAACAAAAGAGCUUGUGAAUAAGUAUGCCGAAGACCCUCUUGCUUUCUUCCAGCAAUUCUCUGAUUCUAUGGUGAAAAUGGGAAAUAUCACCAACGCUGAUACCUUUGUGGAUGGUGAAGUGAGGAAGAAUUGCAGAUUUGUGAACACAUGAUCAUGAAUUACGUGUUGUGUUGAUGAAGAAGUGAAGACAACUCACACAGGAACCGGAGUACUUUGUUUUGAUAUAUUUUAUGAAGGUGGAUUCUUAUUAAUUACCUCGUAUUUUGUUCUUUUUUUGAAGAGAAACUUGCCCUGAUUAAUCUGUAGUCUCUGUAUUUAAAAAUUGUUUUGAAAACAAAUAAUAUAAUAUGCACAAAGUGAUUUAUCAAGUCA